GGAGAGAGGGAUGGGGGAGAGAGGAGAGCGCUGGAUGAGCGUGAGGGAUGAGGGGAGAGCGGCGGAUGGGGGACAGCUGUACCGCCGGCUGCAGCCCGAGGAGACCGGGGAGCUGCGGCUGCAGCCCCAGGGCUCAGAGAAAGCCAAGGCCUUUGUACACACCUUCCUGAAGCGCAGCAUGCCCAAAAUGAAAGAUGAAGCCAUCCAGGACAUGCUGACUAGGAAAGCUGUCGUUCUGGAGCAUUAUCACAAAAAAAAGACCAAGCAAAAGAGGAAGAAGACAAAAGGUUUUACUGCCAAGGAGAGGCGAGAGCUGCGUCUGUUUGAAAUUGAACCUGAGGAGCAAAGAUAUGCCAUCUUCCUCCCACUCCACGAGCUCUGGAAACAGUACAUCAGAGACCUGUGCCAUGGACUCAAACCCGAUGCGCAACCCCAUAUGAUUCAGGGCAAGCUGCUCAAAGCUGAUCUCCAUGGAGCCAUUGUUACAGUUACAAAAUCAAAGUGCCCCUCUUAUGUUGGGAUAACAGGAAUCAUUCUACAGGAAUUUAAACACGUCUUCAAAAUUAUCACUAAAGAGGACAAGUUAAAAGUUGUUCCCAAACUCAACAACGUGUUCAGCCUGGAGCUUGACGGGUUCAUUUCCUACAUCUACGGCAGCAAGUUCCUGCUCAGAGCAAGUGAGAGAUCUGCAAAGAAAUUCAAGUUGAAAGGAACUAUUGACCUGUGAGCUCAUGGAAACUCAGAAGCAUUCAUAGAAACAUGUUUUCCUGCAGCUCAAAGGGCAGGCUUUCUGGCAGAUGGAAGAAGCAACAGCCAUCUGAAAUAUUUAUAAAGCAUUUCUUCUUACUGAAGAAUGAGCAGUAUCUGCUGUAUUUAAGCAGUCUCACAGACUGUUGAAAUUGGUUGUGUCCAUUUUUUUUAAUUUGUAUAUAAUACUCUAUCUUGUAUUAAAGCUGUAUGAUUAACUACCUGA